AUGUUUCAGAAUGUUCUACAGAUUGUUCCAGAACCUUCUAUGGUCAAAGUCUCCCAGAAUGCUACGGAUCUUUUCAUCCUCAACAUUUCCCAGGGAAUGGAAUCACCAUCAGAGAAUGUUUCAGAACUAUCCACCCUCAAUGUCUCUUGGAACCUUCUGGAACCUUCCAUGUUCAAUAUAUCCUGGAAUGUUCUGCUAUCUUCCAUCCACAAUGUCUCCCGGAAUGUUCCAGAAAUUUCUGCCUUCAAUAUCUCUGGGAACAUUCUGGAAUCUUCCAUGUUCAAUAUAUCCUGGAAUGUUCUGAAAUCUUCAAUCCACAAUGACUCCUGGAAUGUUCCUGAAACUCCUGCCCUCAAUGUCUCCCAGAAACUUCUAGAACCUUUCAUCCCCAACAUUUCCCAGGGGAUGGGAUCACCAUCAGAGAAUGUUCCAGAAUUAUCCAUCCUCAAUGUCGCCAGAAAUCUUCUGGAACCUUCCAUGUUCAAUAUAUCCUGGGAUGUUCUGGUACCUUCCAUGCACAAUGUCUCCUGGAGUGUUCCAGAACCAUUGAGCCUCAACAUCUCCAGGAAUCUUCUGGAAGCUUCUGUUCUAAGUGUCUCUUGGAAAUUUGUGGAAACUUCCAUUCUCAACAUUUCCCAAAGUGUUCCAGAAUCUUCCUUCCUCAAAGUCCCCUGGAAUGUUCCAGAACCAUCCAUCCUCAAUGUCUCCAGAAACCUUCUGGAACCUUCCAUGUUCAAUAUAUCCUGGAAUGUUCUGGUGCCUUCCAUGCACAAUGCCUCUUGGAAUGUUCCCGAAACGUCUACCCUUAAUGUUUCCCAGAACCUUCUGGAACCUUCCAUCCCUAACAUUCCCCAAGGGCUGGGAUCACUAUCCAAAAAGGUGCCAGAAUCUUCUAUCCUUAAUGUCUCCAGGAAUCUUCUAGACGCUUCCAUGUUCAAUAUAUCCUGGAAUGUUCUGAAAUCUUUAAUCCACAAUGUCCCCUGGAAUGCUCCAGAACCAUCCAUCCUCAAUGUCUCUGGGAACCUUCUGGAACCUUUCAUAGUCAACACCUCCCAGGCCCUUCUGAAACCUCCUGUCCUCAAUGUCUCCCAGAACUUUUUGGAACCUCCCGUUCUUAACAUCCUCUUGGCCACCUGCCGCCUGGGAGUGUCCUGGAGGGAGACGCUCCAGGAGUACUGGCUCUAUGAGACACUCACGGUUGCCUCCCAGGAGACUUCGGCAUGUGACUCAUCUUCCGGCCCCGCCCCACGCUGCCCUGGCUGUCGCGAGGCUGAGCCCGGGGAGUUCCCGUGGGUCGUGUCCCUGCAGCUCAGCUCCGCCCACGUGUGUGCCGGGUCUGUGCUGGACGCCCGGUGGGUGCUGACUGCAGCCCAGUGCGCCUACUUCCUCCGGGGCGCCGAGCGGCUGGCGCAGGUGCAGGCCGGCCUGGUGGACCUGCAGGACGCGGCGGCCGCGCAGGCCUGGCCGGUGCACCGCGCCCUCCCGCACCUGGGCCCGCGCGGCGCCCUGGGGCCCGGCCUGGUCCUGCUCGGCCGGCCGCUCCGCCUGCGGCCGCCGUACGUGCGCCCCGUGUGCCUGGACCGCCGGGCCUCCGCCAAGGACACGCCGCCCGAGGGCCACGCCGAGGAGUGCUGGCUGCCCGGCUGGUCGGGGAUGCAGGGCAGCCCCGGGGUCCUGCAGAAGCGGCGGCUGAGCCUGCGCCACGCGACACCCUGCAGGCCGCGCUGGCCGCACCUGGACGAGGUCAGCUUCUGCGUGGAGGCCGUGCCCGCCGUGGGCGAGACCACGUGCCAGGCCAACAUGGGGGCGCCCCUGGUGUGCCGCGGGCCGCAGCCGCCGGGCGCCUGGCUGCAGGUGGGGAUCCUGAGCGCCUCCGAUCCCAGCUGCGCCCGGCCCUACGCCUUCAGCCCCGUGCGCCCCUUCCUGCCCUGGCUGCAGGCCGUCCUGCGGCCCGGCGUGUCCACCGCCACUGCGCCCCGCGUGGCCGUGACCCCAGCCGACCCGCCCCAAGCCCAGCCUCCGUCUGCCUCACCGACCUCCACGACGCAGGGAGAGGCCCCAGGACCAGACGCACGCGUGUCCAUGCUCCACGCUGGGCCUGGGCAGCCUCUGCUCGUGGGCUGUGGACAUCAGGUGUGCGGCGGGUCCCUGCUCGGCGGCGCCUGGGUCCUCACGGCCGCACGCUGCGUCCAGGGCAUGCACCCCGAGGACACAGUGGCCAUCGUCAUCCCAGGGGCGGGGCCCAGCGCGGUGACGGACAGCAGCCCGCAGGGGGCGGGGCUGAGUGCGGUGAUGGACAGCAGUCCGCAGGGGGCGGAGCCGGGCACGCUGAUGGACAGCAGCCCGCAGGGGGCGGGGCCGGGCACGCUGACGGACAGCAGCCCGCAGGGGGCGGGGCUGAGUGCGGUGAUGGACAGCAGCCCGCAGGGGGCGGAGCCGGGCACGCUGAUGGACAGCGACCCGCAGGGGGCGGAGCCGGGCCGUGUGACCAGCAGCGUCCGGCAGGGGGAGCCGGCGAGCGGGCGGACGUCCCGGGGGGCGGAGCCGAGGGUGCUGCGCGUGGCGCGCGUCGUCCUCCCGAGGAAGCCCCCGAACCCCGACCUGGCGCUGCUGCAGCUCGAGCCUUCGCCGUCUACACCCGCGGGCCCGUCUACACCCGCGGGCCCGUCCUGGCCGCUGGCGGGGCUGAAGAACCUGACGGCCCCUGAGUGCUGGUUGGCGGGGCCGCGGGCGCUGCCGGCAGGACAGACAAACGAGACUCUAGGCACACUGCAGGUGCAGCUGCUGGACGAGUCUGCCUGCACCCAACUCCACCCCAGCUCAGGUCCAUCCGUUAUCUGCUUCUCAUCACGUGAUGGUGGUGUGGACACAGACCUGGAGUCUGUGGCCCCAGGCAGUGCAGUUGUGUGUCGACCCCAGCUGAGCCGCAGUGAAUGGAUGCUGAUUGCAGUGACCGGCCCGCCAGCCCGUGCAACCUUGGUGCAGCCACAUCUGUCCUGGAUCACCUCUGUGGCCGCCCACAUGGAGCGUCCCUUGGACCCCAUCCGUGGACCCCGGGCAGGGAACCCUGUGUCUGGGAAUUCUCCUGAACAGCCCCACGCAUGGCUGGUUGCUGGGACAGUGGCAGUGAUGAUGCUGACGAUGAAGAUGACAAUGAUGUCAUGA